AUGCAUCGAUUAAGACAUAUUCGGCUAAAUGGUCCGUCUAUAGGACGCCUAUUCUGCACCCAGGUUGAAGGUGUACCUCUUAAUAAGUUGACCGUCUCAGCUGUCAAGGAGACAUUUGCAGGUGAACGACGUGUCGCGUUAAGUCCAGCUGCAGUGAAACAGCUUUCGUCGAAAGGAUUCAAUGUGCAGGUAAUUUGA